UCCAAAUUAAAAUCGCUGGCGGGGGAACAAGAAGCGAGCGCUGACUAAAUGAAGUUGUCUUACUGCAGGAUCUUGCAAAACUUACAGUGAGUAGCUAAAUUUAAGGCCCUUGGAAGGUAGAAAUGAUGGUUUUUGCAUUUUAGUGAUGGCUGACUACAUUGCUUGCUUAGCCACUGUAAAGUGGGUAAAUGUAGAUUGCGAGACAUCCAGCUGCUCACGCAAGCCGAUGCAUUUUAUGUUAUACAGGUCGCAUUUACGGCAAUAUGUUCCUAAUCUUUGUAGUCCAUGAUAAAAGGUGCUAACCAUAAAGUAAUGGACACUCAUAUAAAAUUGUAAUUUGCCGAAAACUACGUGAUUACGGAAUUUGGCUUUAAGUGUGUUCGGUCGACCAAUGCUUAUUUAUGGCCGUUCCGUAGUUAUCAACCAGUCAUUAUGGGUCAGUCAUCUCGUAUUUGAUUUAUUUCUGACUGCAAUAAAGGUCUUAGAUUGGACGCAAAAAAAAAGACUAAUUUACAUCACGGGGACUUUAUAAAAGUAAAAUUCGAUAAAUAUGAAUGCAAAUCAGUUAUCAUUUCAUGUGACAGUGUGGCAAUUGUCUCGAUGACCAAGUUUCUUUGUUACAAUAUUCAAGGCACCCAACGACUGUUUUCUGUAAAAUAUCUGUUCGGAGAAGCAAAUUUUGACUGGAAUUUUCUAUUUCUUGAGGAAGGCUAAAAAUUUCUGCAUGACUGUUCCAUUCAUGUGAUUUUCGGAAGUUUAAUUUUUCACACUUCACUGCCCAGGUUAGGCUAUUUUUCGCAAAAAAGUAAACCUAAAAUUUUUGGAUUUAAAAACGUGAUGGAGAGAGGAAUCAGAAAAUUCUUACUUUCGUUAAACGUUAAAUUGGAUCUAAACAUUUCUGGGAAAUAAUAGUGAAGCCCUUGUAAUUUCGAAAAGACUUAAGUUACCAAUCAAGAUGACCGAACAGGUACAAAUUUUACAGCGCCGCUUAGAAUGCAUUUCUAGAGAUCUAAGUACUUUGGAUAGCCUAAAAAGUGUUUUCAAUGUAUUUCGGAGGAAACCGUCCUUGGAUGCUCCUGAAUAUUUAACUCUAUCUAGUAUGUAAAGUUUUUAAACUUUUAAGAACAUUUCGUGCAGAUUUACACUCCCCCAAUUAACUUACCUUAAACAAGAUUACGUAAAUACUUAGUAUAUUUCAUUCAAAAAUGAAAGCUUUGUAUGUUAACAAAAGAUUAUAAGGCCAUUUUUUGUCAUUUUCUUUAUUUUAUAAUAUAUCAUUGAAGUUCAUUUGACAUGUUCUUACAAAUCAAACCCGCGCCAAUAUAAUUUUCAAAUGGGACCUAAUAAUAGGGACCUUAAGCAACAGCGUUUUUGAGCGACGGACGUCAACCGGAAGUGGACUUUUUACAGCAUUGGGCUGUAGUUUGGUUGAAACCCUUAGGUAGAUCGUCUUUAUAGGAGAAAAGAAACUCAGCACUACAAAUUUGGUAGUGUCCAGGCAUAUAAAAAGGGAGAAGGCCUCACUUCCGGCUUACGUGCGUCGCUCAAAAACGUCUUUGCUUAAGCUCCCUAAUGUAGGCUUUCCUUCCACGUCUCCUUUUGCUUCAGGGUAAGACUAUUAAGGGCCUGUUUACAUGGAGUGGGGGACCCCGGUCUAGUGGGGUUGGUUUCUUUUGUUUUCACGCUCUGGGUGGACACAAAACAAAAGAAACUUACCCCACUAGACCAGGGUCCCCCACUCCAUGUAAACAGGGUCUAAGAGUACAAAUUUAUGCAAAAUUCGUGUCUAUGUCCUAAUACUAAGGUUAACGUUCAGUAAAUACGUUGCAUUACCAGACGCUACCACGAACUGGGUUUUACUUCAAAGCACUUGAUGCUGUGCAAGUCAGAAAUAACUGAAGCGAGGGAUCGGAAACGUAGGCUUUCUUACAGUAACUGGUAUAUCGUUACUCUGUUCGUAUCUGGUGCAAAAAAUUCUGAAAGAAAGGUUAUUGAUUUUGUCACGCACAUUACAUGUAGACGACGCUAAAAUCUCGUACAACACAUUUCACAGGCAGAACAGACUCGUUUGAAUUUGAAUUUUACGAGAGAAUGCUGGGAUUGAACAAAAUGCAUCCCAAAUUCUGUCUUUUUCACUAGGAUUCCAAAUAACAUAACUAACCUUAUGCUUGCUUUAACUGUCUUUUACUGUCUGUUCGCUUAAGGAUCUAUUUGGAAGGCAUUUUGGCGGUUUUAGAUUUCGUGUUGUACUAAAGGCAGGAAAUUGUUGUAUGCUAUUGAAUCUGAAUACCUAAAAAAUGAAAAAGGUUGACGAGAGAUUCUCUUGUUUUCUUUAACAGCAACUGAAAUCGUCGUCGAGUAAUCAUGGGAAUUACAGUGUCUAAAAGAAAGAAGAAGAAGAAUGUCAGGAACGAGGAGGUAGUUUGCUGUGUCAUGGUUCAUUGAAAACGUAGUUAUAAGACUGGCAUGGUUAUGAAGCCCAUCAAACUCCUUCUUUAUGUGGCUUUUGUGGACUCAGAGGUGCACAGCCUUACAUAGCAUUCUGACUAACCAAUAAAAACGUCGCUUUAAAAUAUUCCGUUACACUUGGUGCAAAAAAACAAAAACAACAAAGGAUUGUACACCAUCACACAGUUUCCAACAUAAAUUUUUUAACAACAUUGUUGUUUUCAAAUUUGACGCUUGCCCGCGGCUUUCAUAACUUGUGUCCUUUAGUAACUAUUGUCAAAGACGGUGAAGCUGACUCACUGAUACUAUUAUUCCUAGAGUAAGUUAAUUUUCAGGUGUUAUAUCACUUUCUAAUAAACUUUACAUCUGUGAAAGAGAAAUUUAAUUGCCAGGCAUACCAAAAAACUUUUGCAUUAGUCAGUCAUGCGGUACCAUUUUUCAGUAUCUUUCAAAACCUGGACCAAGGCACACAUUAGGUUGGGUUGUAAAGGACAGAGUCAAGUUUGAUUCAGCCUCUGCACUAAGCAGCUGAAUCCUUUUGGCACUGAUAGAGCUUCGCUAUAACACAUGUCAGUUCAGUCGAAAAGAAAACCUUGGAAAAUUCCCAGAGUAGACUGAACAUUUCAGAUUUCUGUAUUUACCCUGUUUUAAAUAAGUUUCAUGAUAUCGCUGGCAAGGAGAAUGAAAAGCAUUUAUCAAGAUGGCAUUUUGUAAUUUGUAGGCUGGGGAGAAGCAACGAGACCCCAACAGUGCUAAUGGUGAAAGACAUGAGGACGAAAGGGAAGACUCUGCAGAAGAACAAAUGUUCGAUGACGGAGAGGGAGAACAACCGGGGCAAGUAGAAGAGGAGGGCAGCGACAAUGACAACAAAAGCAAUGAGGCCGAAGAUGAAGAUGAUGAACCACAAAACGAAGAAGACGAGAAGAAUGAAGAAGAUGAUCGAAAAGAAGAAGAAGAGGAGGAAGAAGAAGAAAAAGAAGAAGAAGAAGAAGAAGAAGAAGAAGAAGAAGAGGAAGAAGAGGAAAACGCGAAUGAAGAAGAGAAGAAAACAAAAUUGCUUGCUAAUUACAGUGAAAAGCUACAGAAGGCCUUGAUGGGGGACCUUAAUAGUGACUUUCCAGAUAAUGUCAAGAUUGUUCGAAUCUUCACCAGCUCGACUUUCACGGGUAAAUAGAUUACUUAAUAUCGGAUUAUUGUGGAUACAUCAGUGUGCCAAAGAAAUGAUGGUCCGUUUAUAGUCUCUGAUUCAUUUUUGAUUCUUUACAUUUGUUUGCAAGUAAUGUAUCGAUAGGUGAACAACACUUCUUCAUUUGCAUAGUAAGGAAUGUAAAACAUACUGGUACAAGCACAACCAAAGCAUCGGACUAUCACAGAAUCCAUUUAAAUGAUUUGAGUACGAUUUGGUACUCCUUGUUGCAGCGCAGCGUCCUUGUGGAAACCAUGUAUAUGAGAAUAAAGUAUCACUCCCUUUUCAGAUACUUCGGUGGAGCGUAACACCCUGAUGGAGCGAGUGUACCCUCGACUCAAGUCCUAUUGUCAAGAGAGAAGCUAUGACUUUCAAGUGGUGGACAUGCGAUGGGGGGUCCGAGAUGAGUCUACUGAUGAUCACAUGACCACUGAACUCUGCAUGAGAGAGCUGCGAGCCUGUCAAAAGCUAUCCACAGGACCAAACUUCAUUGUAAGUUUAAUAUCUGCAAGGAUCUGCUAUCUAAAUACCAGGAGUGAGCCAGUCAUAGAUCUUUGUUAGAGAGUUCAUAAUGUCGUUUUCCAUCCCAAGACAAUCUUAGAAUACAGACCCCUUUUAAGGUGAGUCCACCUGACUCGAAUCUCGACAGAGAUUCACAGAGAAUAGAAAAGGAGCGUCAAAAGGAGUGCGCCUUCAAGAAAUGAGCAAACCAGAUUUCUCAAGAACUUGUAAAAGUAUUAUUCAAUGUUCGGGUUUAUUUCAUUUUCAGACGUUUUUGGGACAAAAGUACGGCUACCGUCCCUUUCCAGCCACAAUUGCUGCAGCAGAGUUUGAGAAGUUCCUUGGGGCAAUUGACACAAAAGAAGAUCUUCAACUGCUCAAACACUGGUUCUGGCGAGAUGACAACGCAGUUCCCGCUCAAUAUUUGUUGCAGCCAAUUACGUCAUUGCUGCCUGAUUAUCGCAACUUCGAAAACAAAGAGUUACGUAAGAAGGCGUCCUCUGAUUGGUGGGCAGCGAAUGAGAGAAUGCAGGUUGUUUUGAGAAUGGCUGCUGAGAAAGUUCUGACAAACAAGAGAGAUCAACAUAAAUACCAACAGUCAGGUACAUUAUAUCUAAAUUUAAGAUUAACUAAGAAUAUUUGCCCAUAAGAUUUAGAGAUCGCUAUUGUUCCAGGCUAGGAGUCCAUGCCCGGGGCUCCAGUCCCAGCUCGGUUCGGGUUUACUGGUCAUACGUUUUUUUAUUCACAGCACGACUUUCUAAAGGUCCUGUUAAAUACUAACUUGUUUGAUUUUUUCUUUCCAGUAACUGAGGAUGAGAUCCGACGAGGAAUCAUCAACACACCCAGUCCAUCAAAACACUGUUUCUGGUUCAAGAGAGUCAUUUUAGAUCUCACUGCUAACAUAGAUGCAAAGAACGCUGGAAAAUUCAUAGACAAGACAUGGGGGGAGAUUGCAUCCGUAGAUGAAAAUGCUCAGAAACUUCUGAGCACCCUCCGUGAAAAAGACCUUCCACGUGUCUUACCUAGUGAAAAUAUCAUGACGUAUGAUGUCAAGUGGACUGAACAAGGCGUGGACCCCUCAGUGUCACCAGAACAUGCCCAGUAUAUAGAGAAACUCUGCAAAGACUUUUAUUCUAUUCUGACUCAAAUGAUAGAUAUCGGGAUUAAAGAUAACGAGACCUCUGACUCCAGAGAUUCUUUUGCUGAAGAACUGUUCCAACACGGUUCAUUUUGCCAGAAGAAGUGCAAAUCAUUUUAUGGGCGAAAGGAAUUUCUAGAAGCCUCAAAGAAGACAUUGCUGGAACAUGACAAGCAUGCUGUGGUACUUCAUGGGGAGUCGGGCUGCGGGAAAACGUCGAUCGUGGCCAAAAUUGCCAGCGAAGUCAAACAAUGGGUCGAAGAUGAAUCUUCAAUUGUCGUUUUGCGAUUCAUUGGUACUUCGCCCGAUUCAUCUAGUAUCAGACCUCUUCUAAGGAGUAUGUGCAUCCAACUGUGUAAGGCAACCGGAAAUAUACCUGGGAAUAUACCAGAGGUAAUUGUACAUACCCGUAGAUGAAUUAUAGACUGCGAGCAGUCUCUCUUUUUCUUCAGUUUUAGUGAGAGCAAUGCACGCGCGCGGGAGCGGCGAAGCCGCGAGACGCGCGAAACGAGGGCGGCAGCCCGAGAAGAAAAAAGAGAGACUGCCCGCUUAGCCAGAGCCAAUGAAUUAAGCGUUGGCCUCACGACGAAAAAUAGGAUUGGCUGAUUUGUGAAGCGUUGACAACAAACUGUCGACAAUCGAAACUAUUGACAAGUUGAUGAUGGCUGAAGCACUGCAGGAAAGUUUGUCACGUUUCCCGGAAAAAAAAAAAAAUCAGAUACGGAGCAAAGAGAAGCAUAAGAAGGUCUCAUCUCUCCGGGUACUUGACGUGAUCGAGCAAUUUAAAUGCUCAAAGCCUCUCUUCACUGUCAAGGAACGCUUUAGUUCCAAAACGGUAGUCUUACUUUAGGACUUAAAACAGAAAGUAGCAUAGACUGGAAGACUAGACUGUUUAUUUUAUAAAGCUAAAACAAUAGUAAUUACCAACGGAUGCACUACAGGACAUCGCGCUAUAGAUUCUCAAGAAAGAAAGAAAAAACGAAAAUACAAAUCGGCGCCCAAAGAAUGAUCUUGAGUGACUUGCAGCGUUGGCUUAGCUCUAGUUAAGCUGCAAUUAGGAUAUGUAGAACACUGUCCCGUGAAAAUUCAACAUCCUGCAAACAAGAACUAGGCCACGGGUGAUCUCAUUCAAACAUAAAGCACAGGAAAUGAAUUAUUAAUAUAAGAGAAAUAGACCAGCUUCAUGACCUCUAAAUGUGAGACCAGCGGCCAAAAUUAAGAUUUGCUCAGUCAAUUAGCUUAGAAUCGACUCUAACUCUAUGCACUGCAUAAGCUGCACUAUAAAAAAAAAGUAGAAAAAUAUCUGUUGUUCAAGCAAACUCUAAAGUCACGUUUCACGUGCCUGGCCUGUCAACACUUCAGUUUUGACGCCAAAAAAUCACUAGACCGUGAAAGACCAUUCUCUCUGGCUUUGCGGGUAGUCUCUCUUUUUUCGUUCCUCUCCCGUCUCGCCCCAUCAAUCACGCGCGUGGGCAUUUGCGUGUCUCGCGUUUUGCUCGACAGACUACAGAAAAAAGAGAGACUGCUCGUAGUCUAGAUGAAUUACAAUAGGAGGCAUUUUCCCAGUCCCAGCUAUUACUAUUGUUUUCGCUUAUUUUAUUAGGAAAGAUUGGGCAAGUUGUUAACUUGAAAUGAGCGAUGGGAUAGACUAGAAACCUGACUAUCUAGUGACAUUCGGAUGACUUCUGUAGAACUGGUAGAACGCGGAUACUUACAGAGUGACGCAUAGCAAGCAAAAUCAACUAACAAGGCUGCGGGAGCUUCUCCAAGGACUCAGAUGUUUUCUUGUACUGUCUUAUUAUCACAAGAGCACCCCCUCUUGGCAUACCUUUCUUAUUUGAGUUCCGUCUUUGUCUUCGUGCCAGAUGUUUCCUGCAUUACUGACAGGUUUUGAAAUUCAGACGAGGGACACACGUUCCCCCUUAAGAGGGCCUCAUUACUGAUUUCCAUAGAAUAAGUUACUUGAGAGCUACAUUUGUUCAUACGAUGCCAUUAAUUAACAGUGAAUCAUGUAUCCUUCUCCGUUAAUUACCACACCUAACUUUACCAUCUCUCUGAAUUUUCAUGGCUCAAAACCUCAAAGAGCAUGCUAUUAGACCGAUCACUUACGGAGUGUAGUUUAAUCUCUCGCAGGACAUGAAAUCACUCAAAGACUACUUCCAAGAAUGUCUAGAGAAAUCGGCAGAGAACAGUCCUGUCAUUCUUGUUUUGGAUUCUUUGGAUCAGCUGUCUAUCGACGAUGGUGGACGCCAAAUCGAUUGGUAUCCAAGGCACUUACCAUACAAUGUGUACACUAUCCUUUCAACACUACCCGGACAGGAAUAUCAGGCACUACCUAGCUUGAGAGUAAGAUUAACAAAAGGCUUCUAAUGCCCCGUUUUGAGUAUCACAACAUCGUCUCAACAUUCUCACCACUUUUAUGCAUAAAUAUUUGCGUUUCCAUAGUCUGCGCAUGAGGUGAGAAUGUUGUAACGAUCACGAGGCUCAUUCGUUUUAUAGAAGUGCUUUGUUUAGUGUUAUUGUGCUGAAAUGUUCAACACAUGAGUAUACUACUGUGUUAAAUAGAUUUCUCGUCAUUAUAAUAGAAAGCAUUUCACAGCCAGUUAGGAGAGUACUACUUUAACUUGGUUUUUGUUUGUUUGUUAUCUUUUUCAUUUAGAUUUUUCAGUGAACGUACCCUGAUAUUACCGGUGCUUGUCCAUACUUAUGAUUAUAAUAUUGCUUGAAAUAUUUUCUGAUCAGUUUGUUUUAUUUUUCUUACUUUAGACUAUCCUGCCAAGUGAAUGUUUUCUUGAAGUACCCAGAAUCCCUCUAAACGAGGUAGAUGUCAUCUUUGAUAACUGGCUUAAGGCAGCAGGUCGUACCGUACUUCCAAAACAGAAAAGCUAUGUUAUGGGUGCCUUCCAGAAAUGUCCUCUUCCUCUCUACCUUAAACUUGCGUUUGAUGAGGCCUUACGCUGGAAGUCAUACACUCCCGAGUCUGAUAUUUGUCUUGAGCAAAAUGUGAGAGAGAUAAUCGAUGACAUGUUCCAACGAUUAGAAAGACGGCAUGGCAAAAUUCUUGUCAGUCACGCCUUGGCUUACAUUACCGCCUCCAAGAAUGGUGUGACGGAGCCCGAGCUGGAAGAUCUUCUUUCUUUGGAUGAUGAAGUCUUGAAUGACGUCUAUCAGUAUUGGACGCCGCCAGUCAGAAGACUUCCGCCGUUGUUGUGGAUCCGUAUUAGGUCAGACAUUGGAGACUAUCUUACAGAGAGAGGUGCAGAUGGCACUCAAGUAGUCUUCUGGUACCAUCGUCAGUUUAUAGAGGCCGCUCGUGAAAGAUAUUUGACAGCUAAGCAAGCUAAAAAGAUUCACUCUUACAUGAGCGACUAUUUUCUUGGCAAGUGGUCCGGUGGUGUGAAGAAGCCAUUUGAGAAUAAAGAGGGCGAAAAGAAGUCUAUGGACAGAUUGGUUCCUAAGCAGCCGUUGAUGUUCGACUCCCCGGAAGGAAAACAAAUAUUCAAUCUUCGCAAAUUGAGUGAAUUACCAUUCCACCUGUUGCACUCUGAAAACUUAGACGAAAUGAAAGAAGAAUGCCUUUGCAACUUCGAGUUUCUUUUGGCAAAGAUUCGAGGCACUUCCGUACCACAACUUAUGAGCGAUUUUUCCUCGUAUCUAGAAGUAAGGCCUGACGAUGAUGACGUUCAACUCCUGUACGAAUGUUUACAACUCUCAGCCUAUUCACUUUCCAAUGACAGAGGGCAACUUCCAACUCAGAUGAUUGGUCGUAUGUACAACUUUCUCCAGAGACAGAAGCAGUAUCCUCAUGUCUACAAGGUUUUAAAGGAGGCAUUAAAUGCGUCCACAGAUUGUUUCCUUCCAAACAGAAAGUGUUUGACGGCGCCAGGCGGAGCCCUUCGUUCUGCAAUUGGUCUGACGCAGUCCGGCGUAGACGUCAUCAGCAUGGGUAACGAUAACCGUACUAUAGCAGUCACCAGUCAGACCUCAGAGGGAUUGCUGAUCAAAAUCAUUGAUUAUCGCAGCGGAAGAGAACUUAGAAAAUUCACCAUCACAGAACCAACGGAUAUGUACCGAACAAAUUUCAAUCAACUUAGCCAAAAGGAUCCCGACUUACUUAUCCUUGCUGGAUCGAGUAAAAUAUUCCUUUUGAACACUUUGACUGGGCAGAUAGUCCAAGAAUUCGAGGUUACCGAUGAUGAAUGGUUUUCUUAUCAUCCCCAGGCUCCAGUACGUUUUGCAGAUGACGAAAAUUUGCUCGUUGCCAUAUGCCCAGACGCUUUAAAGAUUUGGGAUGUAAAAAGUGGAAAGAUGCUUCAUCGUUUACCUCUCACCGAUGUAAACAGCGAUGAUGAACUUGGAAGCCUGGACGCACGUGGUAACUAUGCUGUUUACAACAUUCGAGGAAAGAGCACAGUUCAUUUCGUCAAUGUAAAUAUUGGCAAAGAGGUAGAUAAUAUCACCCUCAAGUACCCAAAGACAAAUCGAGGGGAAGCCGUUUUUAUCAAGGAAGUCAAAAUAACAUCCCAAGACCAAGUGGCUGUGAUUCCAUCCUCCCUUGAUAACCUGCGUUUGUACGAUCUUUCCGGGAUUCUCAUUCGUGAGCUGCCUAAUUUCAAAAUGGAACAAGGUCUUCAUCGAUUGCAAAUCACUGACGACGGUAAGAGGGUAGUCACUGCCGAUAUGUACGAAAUCAUCACCUUGAAUCUGGAAACUGGGGAAGUAGAAAGAUGCCUGAGAAGCCCGAUUUUCCGUCUAGGAAUUUACACGCGCGAUGGAAACAAUAUAUUGGCGGUCGGUCAGGACAACAUUCUCCGUGUCUAUGAUAAAAGUCGAGAAGAGGACGACGAAAACCAGAAGGAGACUGUUAUUACCAACAUUCAAGGCAACACCGUUGCUGAUCAAAUAACGGCUAUUUCGCCUAGCUUUGACCAACGUCAUGUCCUAGCAACGACUAUCGUUCAACUUAGGAGCGGAAUCGAUGUGUGGGACGCUGUAAGUGGCAAGCGCGUUCGUCGACUGACAGGUCUCACUGUGUUUCCAAAUCCUAUACGCAUGUUUACCGCAACCCGUGGAGUUGGGUUUAUUUACGAUCAGAAUGUUCCUCAUUACAAAGUUUUCAACUUUGUAGAGGGAAUCAUCGAGAGAAAUCUCGAAGGAAAAGCCUGCAAAAGAAUGAAUGCUUUUGGGUUCAUUGACAACAAGAGGAUGAUGUCGUUUUCUCGUGGACGACGAUUUGUCAAAUUGUGGGAUGUCGAAACCGGAAAAGUGGUCAAAGUGGUCAAAUUCCGAGAAAAGCGACGCUUUGAGGAGAUGCUCAUCAGCAACAACGGGAAAAUGGUUGUUUGUUCCCAAGCAAGCCAGAUGACCCAGCACAGCGACAAACAACUGCACUUGAUAGCUAUUGACACAAACACUUUUACUCACAAGUGUUUGAGCUACAAAGGAGAACAGUUAUCAUUAUUCAAAGCCAGCAUAUCAGACGACGGCAAUUACCUCGUGAAUUUGGUUCAGUAUUCGCAGCCCCUACUUUGGGAUCUUCAGACUGGUAACUUGAUUUGCAAACUCUUUGACGCAGAAGAAUACGAAACAGCCAGUGCCGUGGCAGUUUCCGGGUCCUCAAAGACAGCCGUUACCGCAACGAAUGGCGUGGGCAUAAAGGUCUGGAGCGUGGAGACUGGCAAGAUACUAUGUACUAUUGCUUGCUCAGGCGUUUCUGAAGUUUAUGUUUCCCCUGAUGGAGAAGUUAUCAUAUCAAGAUCUCAAGAAGCAAACAGAUUUGAUGCAUGGGACAUGAAGACAGCAAGGCAGCUAGCUUCCUUCACGACAGACGGAUUUCCAAACCACGUUGAAACCCUUGGAGAUAGGGUUGCACUAGCGUUAGGAGGGAACCCAAAUCUCAUGGUUCUACGACUGCACCGAUCUGACCGUAAUGAAAGACUGCAGGAAGAGAAUUUGAAGUCGCCUUACGAUGGUUUGGCUUUGGAAUGCUCGAUUGGGGACUUCCAAGAGAAGCCAACCGCUAAAGAUGGCAUGGAUGAUGACAAAGACAACGAUGAUUCUUACAUUGCAUAACCUCUAACACGAUGAGAGAGGACGUCGUUCACAGGAAUGGCUUCAUAAGACCUGACGUUGCAAAUGCAAGCAAAUGGAUUGAGAUAAUGCACUUUAAUAUACACGAGAAAGAACACGUAGUCACGUAGUCUCGCACACGUAUCAUAUCUAUUCUAUACACAUACCGGGAUUUUUGAAAACUAGACUAGCAUACACUAUGUAACUUCUCUUAAAUCCCUCUGUCUCGGCUUGUUUACUGCGUUGUCUUUUUUUGUUUCUCUUAUUUUUCGUUUUUCCCUGGUUAACGAUUUGUCUAAAAGCGCUUUUAUACGGAAAAUCGUAAAUUCACUCUGUCUCACCCCCUACCUGAAUCCCCCUUGCUGACUCCACCCUUGGUCUUUUCACUGAAUCAAAUGACAAAUGACAGUUAUAUUUAACAUCGGUGCGCAAUUAUAGCUGAUUUUGGUGCGGUUUAAGGUGUAGCCUGAGAGCAAGCUUUCCGUUUGGGGAGUAUGCUCGUAGGCUGGUUUUUGGCCGCCACGGGCAAAGUUUCCGAAAAGCAUCCUUUAAAACCCCUUGAAGGAACUAGGCUCUCCAUUUGCAAGAUGUGCAUUGUCCUAUACUCUUACCGCAUUUCGUUUCAUUUGGCUCACAGGUUAUAAUAAACACUGAUAACAAGCUCCUGACGUUUAGGUGCGCUUUAUUCUUUGGCGGUAAGACGUCUUUGGCCUGAAAAAAAGAAAAUGCUGGUGGUCAUAUCUAUUCGGCGAGAGCUAAAUUGUUGAUAAUUGAUAAGUGAAAAAUCGUUUUGAUGGCGAGGCCUCAUGUUUUUCUCUUUCUACCUGUUAGUUAAUCCGAUAUUGUCAGCAAAGCAUUUAUCCUUUAAUUUUUACGAACUGACCAACUAAGGAUUAAUUUGUAUAGUUUAAGGCAAACUGUCCAAUUCAAGAAAAAUAGCACAGUUAAUUUGGUUCGAGCCAGUCAAAUGCCAGAAAAUACAACAGGCAAUACAAACUAGCUAAUCAGCGCAAAGUCCUUGUGACAUUACAUCAAAAAGUUGUUGGCUGAUGGCGAUUCGUUGGCGAACGCUCUUGGCCUCUUGCUGCUGUGAAUAUCGUUACGUGCUUUUGAUUUGCUGCUGUUUUGUUUAGGCUUUUUGUCUAGCUGGGUCGUCUAAAGAGAAAAAAAGUAUGACCAAACUGAUGAAAGUAUGUAUUGGAAACAUUCAACAAUUCUUGAAAAUGUACUGAGCACUGAACUUUGGCCGGUACAGCGAAAAUAACGAAAAGAAAACUAAAACGUCUGUGUGCAGACUGAGGAAAUUUUUGCUGGUGGAAUCCAUAUUUCUGAUCUUUAGAAUGCUGCCCAAGGAAUCCAGGAAUCCAGGUUUUCAAUAACUUGCCACUGCACCUAAAGGAAGUUGACUGUAUAGUGAUUUUUAAAAACAGAAAAAACACUGGUAAAUCUUUUAGAGGUUUCUUAGAGUCUUAAUUUACGCAGUUCCAUCGACAUUGGACAUUGUUUUUACAUUUUCUGAUAGUUGAUUUUCCUUUAAUAUUCUUUUUAGUUGCCCAGUGUAGGGCACCCAUUUAUAACAGCUAGUAUGUUGUUGUUGUUGUUGUUAUUAUUAUUACUAUUAUUAUUAUCAUUAUUAUCAUUAUUUUUCCAUAGCGUGGAAUCCAAAAUCAAAGACUGUAUGCAUGUCUGUCUCGGAGGAUUACCGGGUGUGAUUUUUGCGACCUAAACUCAAGCACUUAGCAGGCAGAGUAUGUAUCGUUCACCCUUGACAGAGUGCGCAUGCUACAGGGGUAAAAUAAAUUUGUUGUCCUGUAGAAAGUUACAAGGGGGUUAUUUUAAUUUACCUUUUUGUCCUUAAAAGGAUCAAGUUAUUUCAUUUUCAGCCCUGCUUACCCGAAGCGAAAAAUAGGUGUUGCUUUCCCGUAAUUCAAACAAAGCAAAAUGGAUCAUUUUUCAUAGUUUCUAAGAGUGUCGCAAUCUUAACUGGGCCCUUUUCCAAGACGAAAUCCAUUUUGUCCAAGUCUUAUCUACUGGACUAUUAUAGUCGGGGCCAGCAUUCACCUAUGUUUACCUUCCAAGCAAGCUGUAUUGCUGAUAACAGCCAGUGGCAGCUGGUUUUUAGUAUUUGCUGCCAUAUUAGCAAUCUCAUUUGUAUGUUUCAUCGAUUAAAAAGGCUAAAAGAUGGUCUUCCGAUUUCGUAACAUCGAUUUGUCCAUCGAUUUGCGUCUUGAAAACUCUUUAAAGCCGUUUUUAAAAAUUUGCCCACUUGAUUGUACAGUAAGUUUUUACUUAUGGACAAAACUGACAUUUCAAAACUGAUUUACAUCCCAUCGAUGCAGUUCAAGCAGUAUCUUGAAAUGGGCACAGCAAGGAACUGUGCCUUUAUUGCAAUGCACCGAUGACCCUAACCUGCGAUCAGGCGAUUUUUGUUGUUGUUGUUUUUGGCGGGGGAAAAAAAAAACAAAAAACAAAAAAAUCGCCUGAUCGCAGGUUACGAUGACCCCGGAUGCCUUGCCGCAUAGACCAAUUGGUAAAACAAUUACUUAUGUCUUGAUUACUUAUGACUCACUGACUCACUUAUCACCGGGUUUGAAUGUAAGAAUAGGCAAAAUAAGCUAACUUUUUUCAUUCCUUCAGUGAAGACUGAGUAAAGGCAAAUUGAAUUUUGCAGUUUUUAUCCUCCGAACUAUUUAAAGUUAAUUUUUGGUCAUAAUUUUUGAGCACAAAACGCAAAGUUCAGGUUUCUUGUCAAUGUAUAUUCAAAAUGGGGCUUAUGUAUCAAGUAUUGAGGCUAAGAUCAAAAUUUGCAUUUUAAAUAAAAAUUUUCUGGCAAAUCGCGGCAGAUCACCUACUGCCUUUUUUGUCGCGAUGACAAUGAAACUCUCCGGUGAAAACUAGAAUCGCCCAUUAAGACCAUUAACUAUGUUUCUGAUACUCGUCAAAAAGGAGAAGGAAUAGAAUGGUUAGUAUUUAGUCAUAAAAGCUUCGAAAAGUUUGUGACACACCGCACUCGACCGUAACGCUUGUUUUCAUAUUGAUCUUUAUUAAAUAAGUCUUUCGUGACAUAUUCCAUUUAUAUUCAAAGUAGUUUGCUAUCUGAGGAACAUGAAUUUUAAUAGCUUAGUCCAAUUAUUUUCCUAGUCGCCACCUUUGACUUUCACAAUGCUUGAAGCUGUAUGUUGACGAUCCAGAAACAUAAAGAUGGACUGAGAACGACUUUUCGUUAAAAAAGAGCGUCGUAACACCUUAAGGGCCGGCAGGUAAGCUCAGUUUAAUAUUGUUCGCUUCGUUUGCGCCAGGGACCGCCAGACACGCAAAGGUGCAAUAUUUAAACUAGAAUCGUUAGAUAACCAUAUGAUAUUCAGUCCAUCAAGUGAAAAGUACAAAACUAAGGCCACAUUAUAUUUGCCUUAACACGUGGUGAUAGCCGCUAAAAUGAUGUAAGAGACAGAAGAUCUAGAGAGGUGGACUUGGAUAAAGUUUUCCAAUUGUGACUAGUUAAGAUUAAUUUACAUUUUCAUCCAAGUUUCAUUCGCCAAAUCACGCAUCAUGCAAAUCAUGGUCUUACUGGUAAAAAGAAACAUCAUUAAUCACUUGGCUUGCGGAUUUUUUUAUCCAGCGACUUGCACGGAAAGGUCUUACACCUCGCCAUGAAGUGUUUAUUUUUGUCUUUUGUAUGUAUGGAUGUCUUGGCAACCAAUUUUAAACCAAAGAUGUUUCACUCUAAUGUUGUUCGCUAGUGUUUAGCUUUUAAGAUGACGCACUCUUCAGAUCUUUGUUUAAAAAUUAAAGGUCUUCUAAUAUUACCGUAAGACACAAAUUAAAGGGUGACACAUGAAAAACAUUACUUAAAUGCUAAAAUGGUUUACUUGUAUAAAUCAUCUAUUAUUCAUUUUCAACCUCGUACUCUGCUUUUAUCAAACAGAGAAGAAAAUUGAAGAAGGUGUUAUAUCAGGAUGGGCGUAGGAUCUUCCCGUUUCAUGGGCAGCCAGAGCGCACGUAUAUAUAUGUGUCGUGCGCAUGUGGGACCCAUUCAUCGCAUGUAACAAUCCACGAAAUCACGUUGUUUUCCGUCUUAGAAUGGACUGUGAAAUAUUCUUUUGAUAUCAUUCGAUCUGCACGUACUAACAAUGUUUGGGUAAAAACCUUGAGAAAUUAUGCUCCUAAAAACAAAUAUCAUGUCGGCAUGUAAAUUGACGAGUGUGGGAAGGUCCUAAAGCGCGCUCAAGCCAGUCAGCAGCGUGCACCCAUAGCCGCUAAAGGUAAAACGGGUUAAUUGACUAAUUAAACCAGAACGUGCGUUUUAUUUUCCUUUAUCUUACAGUCCUUAUAGAUGAUUUGGUUGUAUAAAUCAUGUACGUCAUCAUCAUGUGUGUUUCGUUAAGCUAAGUCAAGCGCUAAUUACAUACCCAUGACUGAAAAAAAUGCUUGGUCAAAUUUUUCUCUUUUUUCCUGGCGCUAUGCUAACAAGUGAACAAAUUUGCGAAUUGAAAAUGCAGCUUUCAAAGAAGUAACUGGAGCAAAAUCAUGUGAUCUCAUUAAUUAGAUGAAACUUUGUUUCUUUCUUUCUUAUAUUUCUUUGCUUUCACAUGAUUAGAUGUGUUAUGGAUUUUACAUCGUGAGUAAAGAGUAGCAGUACUGUCGAAAGGAAGAAAAAUCACAGUCUAGUUUAAGUUUAAUAAGUAUAAAAAUGCUUUACCAUCGACACAAUAAGAAUAAUAUAAUCUUAUUAUAGCUUACAGGCAUAGAAAAUAACAUUGUAUCUCUCUGAAUAUUUAUAUUCUACUAAGGGCGUGUCAGUAAUGGCAUUUUUUUCCGUGAUUAGUCCGCGUGCUUAUACUAGUGUUUGAUCAAAUCGUAGUGACUUCAGGUAUCAUUGUUCAACACAGAGUCUGUAGUAAGGCAUCACUUAGCUAGGUGGAUGCGAAUCUGGCGGCGGAAGAACACGUUAGGGCGUAAGUUAUUUAGAUUUCCUGUGUUCCCCAAAUUUCCUGCUUUCCUGCCUAGUCUGAUAUCAUGGGUGCAAUUCAAAAAUUUAAUUUGACUCCGAGGUUUGGCGGUGCUCUUUUGCCCGUAAAGUCCUGCCCAGUGGGAAUGCAGAAGAUAAUUUAGCCAGAUAAAUCACUGCUCGCUAUAAAAUAACCAUUAACCAAUCCAUAUAAACGCAUGAUCUGCCGGAUAGGGAUUUAUCCAGCGGAUAGCAAUAUGCACCUGUUAAAUGACCGUUUUCACGUUUCCACGUUUCUAAGUGAUCUUGACUAGUAGGAGGAAAUUAGAUUCAAUGUAGUGCUUGUGUAAAACAUUUCUUUUCGUUUGACGGCUGUGAUGCGAUCGUUUGAGGUUGUUUCAGUUGUUCAAAGGUUAAUUGUGACCUACGAAUGAAGGACUCAAAUGAAUUCAUUCACUGGGAAAAACGCCUCUGUUACCUAUAGCUGCCACCAGUAAACAUGGCACUUUGAAUUUUCAAUAAGUUUUCAGAGUUAUUGAAGUCAACGACCCGUGAACAUGGCACAGUGAGCCAUUUUGAAUUCGUGGACUUGUAAAAGUAGUUUAUUUUAUAGCCCAGAUCUUGUGAACGAGUCGUUAACAGACGACGACGACCAUCUAGGAGGUUAACGCAGGUUAAUGAUUUCGGCUCGGAGAUCUUUUUUUGUCGCUAUACAUCUAUCUAUCUUUAAUACGCUUUGAAACAGUUUCACGCUUGUUGUUUUGAUUAUUACUUGGGCGGUCAGACUCCACUAACUCCUGUAGCUUCUAGUGGUUAGUUGCGGUUGGAAACUUUCUCUUUGGCAAUGAAGGAUGUUCGCCGCUUCCAAGCUCGAUUCUUAUGCCGGCCUGACUGGGAGGUAGUCGCAGGUUUGCCUUGUGUCAACUUACGUGGAGAAAACGUUGAAAAGUGAAUUUGGGCUAUUUCAAUUAAACUUCAUCGCUCUUACUCCAUCUCGAUUAAUUGGUUAACUUUUAAAACAAAAAUUAAUUAACCAUAUAAAAUAAAGAAACUUGUCGUUUCGAUGGCUUCAUGUCAACAUUAUCAAAAGAUAAGAAAUUAACAUGAUUAAUGGUAAUAUUUAUAGAAAAAAAAAGUGCGAAGUGAAAAGUGCAUGUAAAUUUAAGCGAGUGGACAAAUCACAAUUAAAUAAAAAGUUUCGCACGGACGGAGGUCCGCUUGAAUGUUUAGCGUAGGUCUGUUAUCUCUUAUAAUCAACAUCUCGUAUAUCAAACUCUCUUACUAGUUUCCCUCGGCAUUUCUUGAGGAUUUUAAAUAAGAGAUGUUGAUUAUAAGAGAUAAAAGACCUACGCUAAACUCUCAAGCGGACUCUAACCGUGCGAAACUUUUUGUCUAAUUGUAAUUUGUCUAUUUUGACUCUUAAAUUUACAUGCAAUUUUCGCACUCUCUUUUUCUAUAUACAAAUAUCACCACGAAUGAUAAAAAUUUCUUAUCUUUUGAUAAUGAUGACGUGACGCAAUCGAAACGUCAAGAUUCCUUUAUAUCAGUAACUUUUGUUUUAAGCUGUAUCUCUAGAUCAAAAAUUUUGGCGAAUUUAUCUGCAGUUGAAUGCUAAAGGACAAUUUCUAAGUUCAGACAAAGAAAAUUAGAAUUAGGUAGUUCCAGGGGUAGUUCCACGUGGUAUAUUCGUGCAACGAAAUGUACCAAAAAACAAAAAUGAUGCACGUGCAGAGUUGUUGUUUGUUUGUUGUUUGUGCAGAGUUCUCGUUGCCGUCGCCGUCGUUCAGUUGCUUAAAGGUGAUAAACACGCGAGACGAUUCCCAACGACCAUUUUUAGCGCAACACAGCGUUGCAACAUUGUUGAGACAUUGUUUCGAAUAGUUACAACAUUGUUCCAACAUUGCCUAGCCGUGCUGCGCAAAAAAUCGUCGUUGCGAAUCGUCCUGUGUAACACCAUUGUGGAUGUUUCUAAAACGAGGAACGGGGAGUGGGAAAUGAGCACGUGGAACGGGAAAAUUAUUUUAAAAAUGGAAAUAAAGUAUAGAAUUGGAAAUGAAGUUACUGAUAGGGCUAGGGUUCAAUUAGGUUUUGUUCCCAUUUUUCAUUUUUCUGUUCCCCAUGCUCGUUCCUUGCUCUCCGUCCCCCGUUUCCCGUUCGGCGUUUUAGUAACAUCUCCUUAUUAUCCGUUUUACCCAGACGCUCUUUUUAUCAUAGAUUGCUUUUUAAUUUGUUGCCCACGCGAUUGACUUGUGGUGAUCAUGGGUGUGAUCCUCUCCAAGAAGACAAGACGUCAGAGUGUGCAGGUAAUACCAGCGACUGAAGGCGCUUAAAAUAGAGGUCCCAAGGGAACUUGACCUUUUGUCUCUUCAUAGUUUAUACGAAGAUAUCCACUUGAAUUAAACGUAAUUUGAAAGAAACGGUCUCUAGAGUAUUAUCACAUGGCCUGUAUUGGCGAAACAAAACAUACAAGCUAAAGAGGUCUAUUAGCCGGUGUCACGAUGUUUUGGUAUAUUUAAAAAAAACCCUCAAACAUCUUGGAAUCAUAGAAAAACCUUCAUUUAAAAGUAUUCUCCCAUAUAAUCUACAUAAACUGUAAGUCUGUUGGUCCCGUUAGCCUUUCCAUUCCAUAUAGAUAUAAAAUUUUCCUUCGUUUUAAUUUUUUUUCUUAAACACACUGUAAAAUUUUUCUAAUAUUGACAAUGUUUCAGUUUACAUCAUUUUUUAUGGCUAGGUUGCUUUAAAGCACGAGGAACCCAUGGAUCAGGCGAAACAAGAUGCCGAUAAUAGAGACAAAGAAAGUGACAGCGAGAGUGACAAAAACUCGACUGAACGGAACAAAGAUGACGAAUCACAAUCCGAAAAGAGCUCGCAGCAUGAGGAUGAUAACAAGAGCGAUUCCGACAAAGAAGAAAGUGAUGAUGACGAUAGAAAAAGCAAGAGCAGCCAAUCUUCUGUAGGUAGCAGAAGAAGUAGCUCCUCAAAGAAAGAAGAAGAAGAAGCAAAAGACGAAGAAGAUCUGCAACAGGGAGAUGAAAAUUCUCAAAAUGAUUUCGUGAUGAAUGAGACUGUUGAUAACUUGAGUUAUGAGGAGAAAGUCAAGAAAGCUUUGAAGGGGGACACGGAUUUUCAUUACCCUGAGAAUGUUAAGAUUGUCAGGAUUUUUACCAGCUCAACAUUUACAGGUACAUAAUAUCAAUCCGAAAAAUAAUUUAAAAAGAAAAACCAACCUCCAGUACCUUGUUGGAAAAAGAAAUUAAUGCACCAUAAAGUUAGCUUUUUGCUUUAGCUUGAUUCAUUCAGAAGUCAUUCCCCCGUCAGUUCACCUUGUCAAAUGCACCAUCAUCAGCAAUUGCCUACCUAAAACGACAGUCAAAACUCGCUAAGCUUAAAAUUAUCAAUUUAACCUUGGGAAGUUCACUUCUUAUUCUAUAGAUACCUCUGUGGAGCGUAACACCCUGAUGGAGCGCGUGUACCCUCGAAUCAAGUCCUACUGUCAAGAGAGAGGCUACGACUUUCAAGUGGUGGACAUGAGAUGGGGAGUCCGGGACGAGUCAACUGAUGAUCACAUGACCACUGAACUCUGCAUGAGAGAGCUGCGCGCAUGUCAGAAGCUAUCAACAGGGCCAAACUUCAUUGUAAGUUGAUGCAACUGCAGUAAACGUAACCCUAGUGCCCGCAACUGUUUUAAUAUGCCUUGUCAUUCUCUUCCAGACGUUUCUUGGACAAAAGUAUGGAUAUCGCCCUUUUCCAGUGAAAAUCACCGGUUCCGAAUUCGAAAAAUUGCUUGCAGCAGUUGACAAUGAGGACGAUCGUCAAAUGCUCAAAAAGUGGUUCUGGCGGGAUGACAACGCCGUUCCCGCUCAGUACCUCUUGCAGCCAAUCACGUCACUUCUGCCUUACUAUCGUGAUUACGAGAACGAAGAGUUACGUAAGAAGGCUUCUGCUGAAUGGUGGGCGGUGUUUGAGAGAAUGCAGGUUGUGCUCAGGAUGGCUGCUGACAAGGCCUUGGAGAAGGAAAGUGACCGUCACAAGUAUUAUCAGUCAGGUCUGUGUGUAUAGAUGAGAUUAGUACUAGUUGACAUAUAGGUGCUGUUUUCCUCUCAUCCGUGUCAUUGUAAUGCAUUAUGAUACUGGGGUGUUUUGGGGUUUUGGAGUGCCUGCAGCAGGCUUACAGGGCUUGAACGUAAUUAGCAGGGCUAGGAAAUAAAGAUUUCCACGAACGUCUGCGGAAUAAACGUUUAGGAAAAUAAAACCUUUUAAAUCAUUGUAUUUCGUGAUGAAUCAUUAAUCACAAUCAAAUAUGUUCACGGUGUGUGUACAUGUUAUUGCAGGUGUAAUGGCUUUCUUUGUCUUUUUUACCUAUAACUUUAUUGAUUCUAUUUCUGCUUUUGUCUUUAUACCUCGAUGAACUGUAUUUGUGUGUUGUAGUAUUGAGUGUGCGAGGUUUUUUAAAAUGAACUGUGGUGCAUUAAUCAAAAGAGAGCUUAGACCAAGACAUUUCUGAGAAAGGCGCGUCAACGGGAGGCGGACGUUUUGCAUUCUUGGGAAUUGGUUUUGUCCAAAGUUUGGGAAAAUCGUUUCUAUAAGAGUAAAGACACAUAGAUACAAAUUUGUUAGCGUCAUUGCAUACUGGGGCAAAGGUCUCACUUCCAUUUGACGUGCGUCACUCAAAAACGCUUUUGCUUAUGACCUCCCUGAUAGUUUUUCUGUUGAUCUCGAAUGUCUCUUUUAUUCAGUGACUGAAGAUGAAAUCCGCAGAGGCGUCAUUAAUGCGACCCAGCAAGAUAAGCGUUGCUUUUGGUUCAAGAGAGUCAUCACGGACCUCGAUGAUAAAUUAGGCGACUCCAGUUCUGGUAAAUUUCUUGAUAAAACCUGGGGUAAUCCUUCGACGAUCGAUAAAAAUGCGCAAGAUCUUCUCAAUAAACUUCGUGAAAAGGAUCUUCCAGAAGCUUUGCCCAAUAAUAACGUCAUCCAGUAUGACGUAAAGUGGCAUAGCAAUGGGAUAGAUCCAAGUACGUCUCAAGAACAUGCACAGUACAUCGAAAAACUUUGUACCGACUUUUACGGCACGUUAACGGAUAAAAUCAACCACGGAAUUGAGAAGGAUCGACUGAUCGACACAAAGGAUCCCAUAACCAAUGAGAUAUUCCAACAGGGAACGUUCUGCAAAAAUAAAUGCAAGUUAUUUCAUGGACGUGACGAGUUUUUGACGAAGGUGAAAGAGAAGGUAACAAGAGAUCGAGUCGCGGUCCUUUUUGGAGAGUCGGGGUGUGGAAAAACAUCCUUGAUGGCAAAGAUUGCCACCGAAGUCAAAAAAUGGGUGAAUGAAGAUUCAACUACUGUUAUUUUUCGUUUCAUUGGGACCACUCCGGAUUCUUCAGACGCUCGAUCCUUGAUGCGCAGUAUCUGUCAACAGAUUGUUAGGAUAGAUGCGUCAGAGGACUCAGAAGAAGAGAAAGUUCCACAGGUAAGGGAGAUCCAAGCACCUUUACAGCAUUAUUGCUUCAAUAAUUGGAGUUUUAAGUUAAAGAAAACUAACAGGAGAGGUGCAUUAGAAGUGUUCAGGUGUUCAGAGGUCUAACACUUAACGAUGAAAUCCUGUUCUGUUUUCAGCUUUCAUUUGAAAGCAUUUCAUAGUUCACAUGUUAAAUAAGACAGAAACAUUUUUGAACUUUUGCAGCCUAAAUAACUUAGGAAGAAAUUGCAAGUUGUAAACCAGUUUAUAGAAACAUUCCACUGGGCUUUUUCUAUUGGCAUUCCAUAAAGUGAUCACUCUCUUUUAACAGGAUAUUCGAUCACUGCUCGAGUUUUUCCCGAAAUGUCUGGACAAACAUUCAUCAUCUUCUACACCCAUAGUGCUGGUCCUUGACUCGCUGGAUCAAAUGUCAGAUGACGACGCUGGCAGAGAGUUGGACUGGGUUCCCAGGGAACUCCCAGAUAAUGUCUAUCUGAUCUUGUCAACACUUCCAGGGGAGGAAUACAUCUGCUUGCCCAAACUGCAGGUACCCUAUUGAAAUCAAAAUCAGCUAUGGUCCCUGUUUCAUCAUAAUUUGUCUUAUCUGUUUUAAACCUUUAAUGUCAUUGAACAGAGUUUGUGUCUUCAGUGAAGGUCAAUAUUUGAUCAUGAUUAACUGAAAUGAAACCUCUUGUCAUGGUUUUGCUUCUGCGGUAGAACAUGCAUCUCUGGGACUUUAAAUUGAUCAAACCACAUAAAAAUUUUAUAACCCAGCUAUUAUAUAUAAGAGCGAAACACCACUUAAUCCUCUGCCGGGUAUCUACUUAAAAAAUUACAAUGGGCACCCCCAUCCCAGGGCAAAAGCGUUAUUGGCCUUGGUUUUGUAUCUUAAAACUAUUCAUCUCACCCUAUACGUCAGAUAUUUUUCCGUGAGGUACGACAAAACCUACGGACAUGAUAUAACACAAUGUAUAUUUUUUCAAACAGGAAAAAUUCGACGAAGCAAACCUUCUAGAAGUUCCUGAGAUGCCAGUUGAAACUGCAAAACAAAUUCUUGCCAGUUGGUUGAAAUCCUCGCAACGCUGUCUACAAACUGAACAAGAGAACAUUGUUUUAGAAGCCUUCAAAAAGUGCCCAUUACCAUUAUAUCUUAAGCUAUCGUUUGACGAAGCAUGCCGUUGGAAGUCAUACACUCCUCCAAGCGAUAUGAAGCUUGCUCCAACCAUCAAAGGGAUCAUUCACAACUUGUUUGACCGAGUAGAGCGUCUCCAUGGUAAAGUGCUUGUUAGCCAGGCUUUAGCCUACGUCACUGCAUCCAGAAAUGGCUUAACAGAACCCGAGCUGGAAGACAUCUUAUCUCUAGAUGACGUGGUUCUCAAUGACGUAUAUCAGUACUGGACACCACCCAUUCGUCGAUUACCACCCCUGUUAUGGAUACGAAUUCGGGCCGAUAUUGGAGACUAUCUCAUAGAUCGCGGUGCUGACGGCGCUCAAGUCAUAUAUUGGUAUCAUCGCCAGUUCAUUGAAGUUGCCCGCGAGCGUUAUCUUGGAACCAAGCAGGCAGUCGGUAUUCAUUCCACCAUGAGUGAAUACUUCCUUGGAAAAUGGUCAAAUGGUGUGAAGAAAUCCUUUGUGGACAAAAAAGGGAAGAAAAUGUCCAUGGACCGCUUGGUGCCCAAGCAACCUCUUAUGUUCGACUCGGACGAUGACAAGCCAGUUUUCAAUCUUCGCAUGCUGAGCGAACUCCCUCAUCACCUGCUGCAUUCCAAUCAACUGCAGACCCUCAAGCAAGAGGGUCUUCUCAACUUUGAAUUCCUGCUUACGAAAGUCCGAGCGAUGUCAGUAGAAGCUCUACUCCAAGACUUCAACGCAGCUCUUUCUCUUCAUCCUGACGAUAAAGAGUUCGACCUUCUCAGCAAGUGUCUCGCCCUGUCUACACACCCAUUACGUGAAGAUCCUCGUCAGCUACCAGUCCAGCUGAUAGGACGUUUAUUCAAGUAUCUGAACAAAGAAGGUUAUCCUUACUUGAAGAAGGUUUUGGAAGCUGCACAAAAUCCGUCCGUUCCCGCUUUUAUUCCAAACCAGCAAUGCCUUACGCCUGCUGGUGGAUCUCUUGUCCAGUCACUCUCCAACGAAGAGUUCCACGGUGGAAUUGAGUACGUGAACUUUACCAGUGAUUCGAAAACAAUCGUAACAUGCAAUCGUGGUUCAGAAGGCCUCUGCUUACUAUAUCUCGAUAUAAGAAGCGGAAGGAGGCAACGAAAAGUUUGCUUUGAUGAAUCUGGAACGGAUGUCAAUAGCUGCUGGAGGGCGAUUAUCAGCCCAUUGAACGACGACAUCUUCCUUGCAUGUGGUUCCUCCGCAAAUAUGUAUCUCGUAAACGCCAGAACAAACAAAAUAUUGCAGGAGUACCAGCCGAUGAAGGAUAAACGCAACUGGUUUAGAGGCUUUCCUUCCGUUGCCUUUGCAAGCGAUGGAGAACUGCUUGUUGCUCUUGGCGACGCAAGCGUACGUGUCUGGGAGACCGAAAGUGGUAAACUCCUCCAUGACAUAACAGUCCCUGAUGUCAAUGUCGAAGAGGAAUUUGGUUCCUUGGACGCCCAAGGAGAGUUAGCUGUUUAUUGUCUUUACGGGAAGAAGACUGUCCAUGUUGUAAAUGUAAAGACUGGAAAGGAAGUUCGCGAGGUAAGUUGACAUUUAAAAUAUGAAGAAGUGAUCGUCGCAGUGGUAAUUGCAAUUUAAGCAAUUGCAAAUUAACCCGAAAAAAUUUUCGGGACUUCAACGGAACUCGAACUCACGGCUUGUGCGUUAGCGCUGCAGUGCUCUACCAACUGAGCUAUGAAGACCCAUACAUUGGGAGCAAGCCAAUUUGUUGAGUUCAUCUUGACCCAUGAGAGGAAUGAAACAUAGAAUGAGAAUGAUGUGAACCGCUACCAAUGUAUGGGUCUUAAGUUAACAUUGUCCAAGAUUUCUGGGCCCUUUAAGUGUUUGUUUAUGCUUUACCCUGCAGAAGACAUGCUAAAAAAUCAAUUUUAUGUCCAAGUUACAAGGCUGAACAGAUGUUCAUAACUGGAGGAAAAGCACAUUUAACUGCAAAUCGUAACAUAAUAGUGAUCUAACAAGUAUAUUCGGCUUCCCCUUUUUCUGUGAUAUUUCCUAUUGUUUUAAAAGAACUCUCAUUAAAAAAAGGAUGUCUCUAUAGCUGGCAAGUGUCCCGACCACCCUUAUCUGAAUUUUCUGGAUCCACUCCUGCCAUCUAUGCAUAAACUUGAUCCUGAAGUAUUGGAAUGGUCUCACAAUUUCAAUAUUUCAUUGUUGUUUCUUACGUAUCUUCGUUAUUUCUUUUCUGUGAAAUGACCAGAUAAAUAUUGACGUGGCAAAGGAAAAAAUCCUUGAAAAAUGGGAAGAAAGAAACGUUAAAGAGAUUCACCUGACAUCAAGGUACCACUUGCUGGCAGUAUCUGAGGCAUCGCUUCAGCCACAACUAAAAAUUUACAACCCUGCUAAUGGCCAACACGUAUCGGACCUUCCAGACUUUGGAAUCUCCUACAACAAUCGUCUUGUUGUCACUGAGGACGGAAGGUCUGUGAUCGCGAUCAGAAGUAAUCAUGAAUUGGUGAGAUGGGAUCUGGACAAUGGUGAAUCCACCGUGGUUGCUAGGUUACAGCCUGCCUUUGGCAUUUUCGGUCGUAAGGGAGAUUUCGUAGCAACUGCUGGUUCAGAUGGCGUACUCCGAGUUUAUGAUGCCAGAGAAAGUGUUGAUGAAGACGUGACGGACGUGGCGGCGGUUACUGGCGGCUUUGCUGAUUCAAUAUGGAUGCUAAGUGCGGCAGCGGACAAUCGCCAUGUGAUCGCAAACUGUACUGUAAAAAUGAUGCCAGAGAUUGCUGUGUGGGAUGCAAUCGCCGGGGUCAAAGUCCGUGCCAUUAAAGCGUAUAACUUACCGCAGCCAUUGCGCAUGUUAAAUGACAAGGUUGGAGUUGGUAGGAUCGCUGUGGGGGUGCCCACGAAAGAUAGCUUUGAUCAUUACAAGGUACUUAACUUUGACGAGGGUAAAACUCUCCGUGUCUUACAAGGGAAAUCAAGCAAGAGAAUGGAAGCAAUUGGGUUUAUUGACGACAAAAGUUUCAUUGGUCUGUCGCGCGGAAGAAGAAACUUGAAGGUGUGGGACGUCACGACUGGAAAGGUAAAUUCAAUAGAGUACUAAAGUGAUGACGUCAUAAAAAUAAAAUUUCUGAAAUUAUGGGAUUUGUCAGGAUAUUCUAAAAGAACAAUGUCCACGAGGCCUACUUACCAAAAAUGAGCAUUUCGGGGCAAAUUGUCUCUGAGAUCGUAGCCCAGUUAUGCUUAGAAAACUCUACACAAACUCUUAUAAAUUUUUUUGGGUCGACCCAAAAAAAAUUAGAAGGGUUUGUAUCGAGUUUUCUGAGUAUAACCGGCUAACAUCUCAGAGACAAUUUGCCCCGAAAUGCUCAUUUUUGGUAAGUAGGCCUCUUGGACCUUGUUCUUUCAGAAUAUCCUGACAAAUCCCAUAAUUUCAGAAAUUUCAAUUUUAUGACGUCAUGACUUUAGUACUCUAUGUCUGUAUAAUAUGCCUGUGAAGUGUAAAGUGCAAAUCCUUCAAAGGCAUCGCCACAAACUUCUUAGGAUUCCAAACGCUCGUUUAUAGAUCAUAGCGAGGUAUUAGCCAUACCAAUGAUUUUCUAGUCUUUGAAAGCCUCCCGACCUCUAAGACACUCACGGAUAUAAUCAAAAUACGUGUUUUCAAGUUACAAUGAAGGGAAGUGUAGGAACCACAUGGCAACAUGGAAAGAUAGUCAUUUUUUAAUAAUAUUGUACUUCUUUUACAUCCCCAAAAUUGUUUAAAUUCGUGACCGUUGACAGCUUGAAACCAUACUUGAGCAGAAAUGAGAAUCUCCUUUCGUGGCCCCCUGUGAAGCUUUAUCCGACAUAAGGAAGCUGAUGAGACGAACACAACUAAAAAAUAGAACCUGAACCUCAAAACAGUGCAUCAGUUGGAAAACUUGUGGCGGUGUAGAGGAGUUUUGCAACAAACAGGAAAAUAAUCAAUAUGUCUUUUUAAAUAAUAUUAUUUUUACAGUAGCUUCCUGCUUUUAAUUCUUUUCGCUCUUCCCUUCUUGCUUUUUCUACGCACCCGAAGAUCCACUUUUUCGGUGGUCAUUACGAAUUCUAAGCGUCUAGUUGACUCAAUACAAUCUUAGCAAGUCCCAAACAAAAGAAAAAUAUAUUUGGCAAACCGCAACACAGAAAUUCUCGACCAGGAAACGGCAAAAAGUAACCCACAUAUACUCCAUUGGUGGCAACUGAGGGAAAAGACCGCGCUCGACUCUACCAAGCCUAAAUUGUUUUAACUACAGUCAAAUUCCUUUAUCACUUGUUAUUGUAACUUAUCGGCAGCAGAUGUUCGUUUGGUUAUUGUAGUUUGCUCGGUUGCAGGAGGAAGAACUUUGAGAGCCUCUUUAACCAACGUCAAACUAAACAUGGCGUCCAAACAGUUAAUUUAUUGACUAUACUCCUAAAGGUAUCUUCUGUGUAACUGGGUGAAUAUUUCUCUUACUUGGCCUUGAAAUUAUUAGUAGUAUCACAAGAAAAAAUAAAAGAUUCCCAAUAUUGGAUAUUUUAGGGCAUUUAAAGAAUACCCAUAAAAAUCACAAAUUUGGAAGAGUGACACAAGUUCCAACCAGGGAACUUGGUUGGGAAUUCCCUGGUUGGGACUUGUCUCACUUUGCCAAAUUUUGGAUUUUUUGGGUAUUCUUCAAAGACCCUAAAAUAUCCAAUAUUGGGAAUCUGUUAAUUUUUCCUGUGUAUAAGGCGCACUCGUUAGGCCUGUUUGGGCGUGCAAUCACAUUCACUUGCGGUGGAAACAUUAGCGCUGCCGGAUGACGUCAAACCGGUUAAACCACUCAAAAAUAGCACUUAAUGAGAUUCCUCUGCAUUUUAUCCAAAAGAUAAGGACAAAAGACUAUGAAGUCAUUAAAUCUUGUCAAACGAGUUAAAUCACCUAAAAAUAGCAUAUGACCUUAUUUUAAUGAGAAUCCUCAAAAGGCUAUGAUUUCAUUGGCGUUAAUGUAUUCCACCGCAAGUUUAUGAGAUUCCACGGUGGAAAAGGCCUAACCAGCUCCUAUACUACUAUAAUUAUUCUAGGUUUUAGAAGUUUUCCUUUUUAGCUCAAAAGACUGAGGCCAAUAAACAGAAAAAAGUAAACAUUACCAAACUUCAUCUCUCAUGUUACCACAUCUUUCCCAAGCUUACUUUCUCUCUGCCAACAGGUCGUUAAACAGUAUAAACUUCGUCAAAAGCAUCGCAUUGAAGCUAUUCUGAUAAGCGAGGAUGGCAGUACUGUGAUUUGUUCCCAGGCCAGUUUCUAUGUCCAGCAUGAAGAAUCUACAGUUCCCCUGCUGGCCUUUAAUACCAAGACCGGUGUACACAGGCAGCUGGAACCCGCUGAAGACGAGCAGCUGAAUUUGGAUGGUGCCGCGAUCACUGAAGAUGGGAAAUACUUUCUCCAGCAGCUGCAAAACGCAGGGAAAAGCGCUCUGUGGGACACAACAACGGGUCGCAUCGUAUACUUCUUAGAUGAUGCUAACUGGGGAAGAAGCAUGGUUGCGAUGUCAUCGAAGAGCAUGCGAGCGGUAACGAGCAACUCCGAUGGCAAUGGUGUGCAGGUGUGGGACGUAAAGAGUGGUAAGCUGCUCUAUGAAUUCCCCUCGGGAGAAAUCACCAAAAUUUACAUGAUCCAUGACGGCACCAUUGCAAUUACCGUAGAUACCAAAGGCUACCAACCAAGUUCGUUUGAAGCGUGGGACCUGAUCAAUGGGAAAAAGCUGACAACUUACACCGUUGACACAAACCCGUUUGCAAUUUGUCAGCUGGGUGACGAUAUUGCUUUCGCAGCAGUAGCCAGCGUCACAGUAAUGUCCCUCAGGCUGCAUCUUCCUGGAAAAAAGAGGACCAACCUGGGGCCAUCGUCUUAUGGUUCUUAUAAAGAGCUGAGUGAGUUUAAAGGAAUGUUGGAUGUCUGUGAUCCUGAUGAUGUUGAUGAAGAUAAAGACGAUGAUGAUUCAGGUGUCAUGCAGUGAUCAUGAAACCGCUUCAAAUGCUGUUUGCAACUUAAACAAAAUCAAGGACCUCCAGGAGUUUCCUUUCUGGAAUCUUUGUGUUGGAAUGAAUAGAACAAACUACGGCACUGUAGCCCUCGCCAUCAACCGGUGUUAAACUUCAGCCUUUAUAAUGAACGACAACACUCUUGUAUACUCGAAACCUAUAAGGGCUUUUUGAGAUUCUGUAGCUUAACAAAUAUGUGGAAUGAAUCUCCCACUCGUUUGUAUGAUAAAUGUAGAGAAAUAAGCAUCGGCUGGACUUUCCGCUACCUACAGGAAGUAGGGUGAUCAACUGGAAAGUAUAAGAUUAUCUAAGUCAACAAAUAGGCCCUGAUAAUAAUAAUGAUAAUAAUGAUAAUAAUAGUCUUUACUGCCAAAAGAUAAAAGUACAUAUCUUUUGUUACAUUCUAG